AAAAGCUUCAAUUGCCCUCAACUGUUGUAGCCCGGUCGCUGCAACUUUACCCCGCCAUCCCCCUCUAUCCAGCCACACACCUACACACCUCUCUUCACCACAAAAGCAAUCAUGACUGAGGCUGUCGGAGACUUCGGCCUCAUCGGCCUGGCCGUUAUGGGUCAGAACUUGAUCCUCAACGCUGCCGACCACGGUUUCACGGUCGUUGCUUUCAACAGAACCGUCGCCAAGGUCGACCGAUUCCUGAACGAUGAGGCCAAGGGCAAGUCCAUUGUCGGUGCUCACUCCAUUGAGGAGUUUGUCGCCAAGCUCAAGAAGCCCCGCCGCAUGAUGAUGCUCGUUAUGGCUGGCAAGCCUGUCGACGACUUCAUCGAGCUCCUCCUCAAGGGAGGUGCCGAGGAGGGCGACAUCAUCAUCGACGGUGGUAACUCCCACUACCCCGACACCAACCGCCGUACCAACUACCUCAAGGCCAAGGGCAUUCGAUUCGUCGGAACUGGUGUCUCUGGAGGAGAGGAGGGUGCUCGCUACGGCCCCAGUAUCAUGCCCGGUGGUAACGAGGAGGCCUGGCCCUACAUCAAGGAUGUCCUUCAAUCCAUCUCCGCAAAGUCCGACGGCGAGGCCUGCUGCCAAUGGGUUGGUGACGAGGGUGCUGGUCACUACGUCAAGAUGGUCCACAACGGUAUCGAGUACGGUGACAUGCAAUUGAUCUGCGAGGCCUAUGACAUCAUGAAGCGCGGUCUCGGCAUGUCCAACAAGGAGAUGGGCGACGUUUUCGCACAAUGGAACAAGGGCGUUCUCGACUCUUUCCUGAUCGAGAUUACCCGCGACAUCAUGUACAAGAACGACGACGAUGGCACUGCCAUUGUUGAGAAGAUCCUGGACUCUGCCGGCCAAAAGGGUACCGGCAAGUGGACCGCCAUCAACGCUCUCGACCUCGGUAUGCCCGUCACUUUGAUCGGAGAGGCUGUCUUCGCUCGUUGCCUGAGUUCCCUCAAGCAGGAGCGUGGCCGUGCUGCUGGUCUUUUGGAUGGCCCCAGCCCCAGCUUCACCGGUGACCGCAAGGCUUUCAUCGACAACCUCGAGCAGGCUCUUUACGCCUCCAAGAUCAUCUCCUACGCUCAGGGUUUCAUGCUGAUCCAGAACGCCGCCAAGGAGUACAAGUGGAAGCUGAACAAGCCAGAAAUCGCCCUCAUGUGGCGUGGUGGCUGCAUUAUCCGAUCUGUUUUCUUGAAGGAGAUCACCAAGGCAUACCGCCAAAACCCCGAACUUGAGAACCUGCUUUUCGACGACUUCUUCAGCAAGGCUAUCCACAAGGCUCAGGCUGGAUGGAGAGACGUCGUCUCCAAGGGUGCUCUCUGGGGUAUCCCAACUCCUGCUUUCAGCACCGCGCUCAGCUUCUACGACGGAUACCGCACCAAGGACCUUCCCGCCAACCUUCUGCAGGCGCAGCGUGACUACUUUGGCGCACACACCUUCAGGAUCAAGCCUGAGUACGCCAACGACACAUACAAGCAGGGCGAGGACAUCCACGUCAACUGGACCGGAAGGGGUGGAAACAUCUCUGCCUCGACAUACAAUGCUUAAGCGUAUCGUGCUGAACUUUUAUUGCAAGAGAACACCACCUUGCCUAAGGUUCACAAUUAAAAAAAAUAAUCAGUGUGCAAAGCAAGAUAGCACACACCAGAAUGAAUAAUGAUUCACAU